AUGGUCAAGAAGUCGGUUGUUGCUGGAUUGGUGGUCUUGCUCAUGGUUGCCGUGGGAUUUUUCCUGGGAGUAUUUUUGGGGUUCAGGAAUAAAAGACUUACCAGUUCCUCCAAUCAUUUCUACACUAAAGCAGCCGUGGCGGCAGACGCUGGGAAGUGUUCAGAGAUUGGAAGGGAUAUUUUGAAGAGGAAUGGAUCGGCUGUCGACGCCUCUAUUGCUGCUCUGUUGUGUGUCGGGCUGUUUAAUGCACACAGUAUGGGUAUCGGAGGAGGGCUGUUCUUCACUAUAUAUAAUGCAUCAACAGGAAAAGUGGAGACGAUUGAUGCCAGAGAAACUGCUCCAAUGAAUGCUACAGAAAACAUGUUUGGUAAUAAUACCCAGCUGUCGAGGAAAGGAGGGUUGUCCAUAGCCAUACCAGGAGAAAUCCGCGGUUAUGAGAUGGCACACAAAAGACAUGGAAAACUGCCAUGGAGGGAACUGUUUCAGCCCAGUAUAGAAUUGGCACGCAAUGGUUUUCCAGUUGGUGGGGCCUUGGCCAAAGCCAUAGCAAAGAACAAGGAAUCAAUUCUGAAUGAUGUUUCAUUCUGUGAAGUUUUUUGUGACAGAAACAGAAACCUCCUGAAGGAAAAUGAUAUUAUUCGUUUUUCCACCCUGGCUGACACCUAUGAGAAGAUAGCAGAAGAAGGGCCGGAUGUGUUUUACAACGGGUCAAUGGCUCAGAAUAUAGUAGAGGAUAUCCAGGCUGCAGGUGGGAUCAUAACACUGGAGGACCUCAGGGAAUAUAAGCCAGUGUUGAACGAGAGCCCGUUAAAAUUAAAGGUGGGCGAGUACACCAUCCAUGUUCCUGACGCUCCAUCCAGUGGACCUGUACUCGGACUGAUUCUCAAUAUAGUGGAUGGCUACAACUUUUCUGACAGCAGUGUUUCUACGUCAGAGAAGAAAACUUUAACGUACCAUCGUAUCGUAGAGGCGUUUCGCUUCGCAUACGCCAAGAGAAGUAAACUUGGAGACCCACGUUACCUCAACAUCACUGACCUCAUCCAAAACAUGACCUCCGACUACUUUGCAGACAACAUCAGGAGUAAGAUCUCAGAUGACACCACUCAUCAAGACAGCUACUAUGAUCCAGAGUACUUUGUACCUGAUGACCAUGGCACGGCUCAUCUGUCAGUCAUCGCGGAGGACGGGAGCGCAGUGGCGGCAACCAGCACCAUUAACCUGUAUUUUGGCUCUAAGGUGAUGUCACGCUCAACCGGCAUUAUCUUUAAUGAUGAGAUGGACGACUUCAGUUCUCCUUAUAUCACCAAUGGCUUCGGGAUUCCUCCUUCACCAAACAAUUUUAUUCAACCAGGUAAAAGACCCCUUUCCUCAAUGUGUCCCACUAUAAUAUUUGACAAACACGACAGAGUCAAAAUGGUGGUUGGGGCUUCAGGUGGGACAAAAAUCACGACAGCAACAGCACUGGUGAUUCUGAACUCGCUCUUCUUUAACUAUGAUCUGAAAAAAGCCAUCAUAGAGCCCAGAGUUCACAAUCAACUUAACCCCAACAUGACCGUGGUGGAGCAGAACUUUGAGCAGAGCAUUCUUGAUGGUUUAGCUCAAAAGAAUCACAUUACAGAACUGGAGAUGACCCCAGGAGCAGUAGUCCAGGCAGUCGUGCUUCAAGGGGACAAAAUCAUUGCUGAAUGUGACCCCAGAAAAGGUGGCUAUCCUGCAGGAUACUGAACACAAUGCUUCUCGUUAUUUGUGGAUCAUUAGUCACUCAGUGAAGAGCCUGGAUCAUCCAAUGCAUAUUUAAAGAAAUCUGACUUUUUCCAUGUUUAAGUGGUAUGAUUGGGUCCACAGUGCUGCUAUCUACUUAGAAAAUGUGGAAAAAGAUCAACUCAGUAACUUAGUUUUGGUAAACCAGUUUCUGCAAGCACGUGAAAAAUAUAGGUCAUUGAAAUUUGGCUCUUCUUAUGAUGUCAUAAGGAGCUCUUUUUAUAAUAAUACCGCCCCUUAAUCUGCAUUAUCCAACAACAGCACUGCCAUUUAGUGCAGAGAAAGAGAGAGAGAGAAAAUAAUUCACAGCACAAUUAAGUUUCAGUUUCAACAAACCACCAUCAUUGUGAUCAGUGUUUGCACUUCAUCAGUUCAUUUGCAUUUUAAGGACACACCCAAAACGCCACAUUUCUGCAUACACCUACAAAGUGGCAAUUUUAACAUGACAUAAUACAUUAUUUAUAUGGUACUUUGAUAUAAAACGUCACGUGCUCUGGGGACACCAAAGAUUUUUUUUGACAUGUUUAAAAAGUCUUGUGACAUGGCCCCUUUAAGGAAAAUACACCAUUAAAGGGACAGUUUGCUAAAAAUGUAGAAUCACUUAUUCCCCCAUCCCAUUGCAAACUGUGAGGACAACAACAACAACACAAAAAAUAUUAUAUUAAAAAAUGUUUUAGAUAUAAUAACGGCCACACAAAAAAAAAGAGAAUUGGGUCCAAAAUUUCUACACCAAAAAUUUUAAUUUAUGAAAUGAUACAAUAAUUUUGUAUUAUAAAUAGGACUGAAUUUUAAGUUUAAGUUUCAAUAUCACUGUUUAACUUAUGUAAAAAGUGUUGAGAUUAAAUAGGGUGACACACUGAUCAACAUCAAACCUCAUUGGUGGUUGCUUGUUUUACCAAACAAGGAACAUUUUGCAAUAUUCUGCAAAAGUUUGGAAAGGGUCAAGUUUGGAAAAGCAUAAAGGAGAGCUAAUGAUUAAACAAAUUUCAAUUUCGCCUCUCUAAACACAUCUCAUAUUGAAAAAUAAAAUUGCAAUUUACUUGCAGAAUCAUUUUUUCCAUGUGGGUUGAAAAUUACAGUAAGUCAAACUGUUAUUUUGACAAACAAAUCAUAUAUAUAUACAUCAUUAGCCUAUACAAAUAUCAAUCGUUAUUAUAAGCUGAAUUGUGUAAUUGAGCAAUUGUGUAAUUUUUUUUAAUGCUUGCUCAAUAACAAUUUUUUGUUUAUUUAUAUCAAAAACGUUAUUGAUUACAGCUUUAAGCUCAACAGUCAGCACAGACUACAAUGCACAAAGAUUCUGUGUAUUUUAUUUUUCCUAUUAAUAGGAAAUUUUUUGUUUCGUAUUGGCAUCAAUGGUGCCUGUUUCUUACUGAAUGGUACCACAGUGUCUUUUUUUUACCAGCCUUAUUUAUUGCUUUUGUGUGUAGAAGAGGUGAGAUUGAAUAUGUGUGUAUAUGUGGAAGGGAGCUUUUAUACCUUUAUUAUAUUACGUUUCCAUUGUUGUACAGUAGGGCUCAUUGGGUUAAUGGAAAUAAGGUAAUUUCAACAUGAUGAUGUCUGAUUGCAUGUUACCAGUACACAAAAUGACUGUGAUUGUGCAUGUUGACAAUAUGAAACUAAAACAGCAAUACAAUUCUACAGACAAGAAAACAGA